AUGCGCAGUUCUAUUUUUUACCUACUAGCGCCCCUCCUGACCCGCGCUGCCGAUGUGAAGAUGGUUGGUCUGGGGUACAGAGGAGGAGAAGCGGUGCAAGCAGGCCAGGACAUCACCCUCACCAUCACAAAUGCGACCGAAGCUGGAAGUGGAUACCCUGGGAAAAAAGCAACGCACUUUAGGAUUACUAUCUGGAAUUCUAUCUAUAUGUGGAACAUGUGUAGUCUUACAGGAAUACUUCCAGCCAAGGACGGCAACGUUACAGUAACCAUUCCACCUGGAAUGGGUCCGUCAGGGAUGUACUAUGAAAUUGGCGCUGAUGGAUAUUCGAAUCCGACCAACGAGUCGUGGAUGAACAUCAUCAGUGGAAAGAACACUCCAUUUAUUUACCUUGCCGGCGGGAAAGGUUCCUGGAUCCCCGCUGAAACAACGCCAGAACUCAAAUAUCAGGGACUUGUUGGCUUCGAAAACGCAGAUAUCCCAUGCAAUAGCUAUCCAUGUGCGCAGAGGUGCGCAGCGAAGUACUUUCCGCUCACCAGCGGCUGGCAGGAGGGAUCUGACUGGAUCAAUUGCCUCACUGCUUGUGAAGGCGUUACCAUCAAUACUAGCAACGACGAAACAAAAAGUCCAGUUGAAAUCGCUGUAAACUCAGCCUUGGCGACGCCAAACCAAGCGUCUAAGCGGGAAGGUGGGAGGACAAACAUCUCCUGGUCGCCUGAUGGCCAGCUGCUCGAGAUCAACGGAUCCCAGAUCACCCUAGCACAGUUACGCUUUACGGUGCACUCUCUUCUGGAUAGGAUCGAUUGGGAAGCACGCGAGCUGAUGUUUCACUGGUGGCCUGAUGUCGAUUUGCGUGGAAUCAAAGACGAACUCAUAAGUUAUCGAUGGGGCUAUUCAUUUCUAGCGGAGCCUCAGAACAAUCUACAGAUGAGCUUUAAGCAUCUUCACCGUCGAGCGUUCUCUCCUCGAGAAGGGAGGCUAGCACUGCAGGGCGCUGGAUGCAAGCGAGCGCUGGCGUAUCUGCAGAGAUGUGAUGAUCUUACUCGACUCCUUUUUGCGGGAACCUCCAUGACUAAUGGCAUGCCCGCCAGGGGCGAGGAGCUCCGCAUUAUACGCUGGGCGAAUACUGUUGCUGUACAACGCAACAUCGUGAUACAUAAGGGACGCAUCAUGCUACUUUUCGCUUACAACAAAGUGUCCACGACAGUAAAUCACUCGUUCUACAUCGUUUGGGUACCUUGUCCCACAGUAGAGCGAGCUCUGUUCCUAUACCUUGCCUAUAUAAGGCCUUUCACCGACUUCCUCCUCCGGCAAUUGAAGCUCGUCGAUGCGGAAACAAAGACGAAUCUGCAGCUGUUUGGCUUGAGCUGUCAUCCCACAGGUUGCUUUAGUGCCACUGACUGCUCGAAGAGCUUAGAGCAGGCUACGCCAGACUGUCCUAUUCGACUUCAGCUAAGCAUUUAUCGGCACGUCGCUGUUGCCAUGAGCAAGAAGCACACUCCGACAUUGCUGGAGCCAUUCGACCCGAACAUCCCAAAGGACCGGAAUGACUUCCUUCAUCUAUUGGCCUUUCAGACGGGCCACCCCCCUUCUGUUCAUGCAACUGCUUACGCUCUCGAAAGAGGUUAUCCAGCUAGACUGCAGCCAGAGCUAAUCGACCGCUACUUCGAAAACAGCUUCAUCUGGCAUCGAUUUCUGGAGAUCACUAAGGAGAGACCUAUAGACAAAGAACUAAAUACGGGCACGUUAGAUCAACGGAUACAAAAGGUGAUGACGCCAACAACCAAGCCGGCACGUCACGCAGCAGAUGUCGGAGUGCCAGACGAGGAACCCGUCGUGCUGGGUAGCAGAGACCAAGAAAUAGCAGAGGCAAGACCGCUUGAAAGGAGACCGCUGCGACGAAGCAAGUGCAGGCUGAGCAGCGACCCAUGUUACUUGCAUCAGAAUCAGAGCGUAUCACGUUUAAUUGGACCAAGGAAAGAGGAACUAGCCGUAGCUACAAGUGCAGUAGUAGCAGAUAUACAAGGAUGA